AUGAAAUUGAAGGUUUUCUUUUCCCUAUUAUUAGCUAUUUCUAAUGCAGUGGCAGAGGAGGAACUUGAAUCAGAAGAUAAUGUAGUCACAGUUACCAAAACACACUUUGUCAACAGUCCAUGUAUCAAGUCUUUGGGUGCUCAAAUAUUAUCGAAUAAUCCAGAAAGUUUGACUACAGGAAUUCCAAUUGUAUUUGUUCAUGAACCAAAAACAGUAGCUGCAAAUGCACAACAGCAGCAACAGCAACAGCAACAGCAACAGCAUUUCACCUCUAUCAUUACCCAUACAAAUUGUCACACUGUCUACAAGACUGUUACUCCAAACAAAUCUACAUCUGUAGCACCUGCUCCUCAUGUAACUCAAGUUCGUGACACUACUUUUACUACAUCCACCUCAACAACAACUUUGAUCAAGACAGUCCAAUGCACAAAAGACGUAUGUAAAACAGUAGCUUAUACCACUGUUGUGCCAACCGUUUAUACCACUACUGGUAAAGAAACAGUAACCUUAUCUGGAGGUGCCGCUAAUGAUGCUACUAAGCUGAGUUCACAAAACAAAAAUUCAGCUGCUGCUACUCAAGCUAGUCCAAUCCCAGGAUCUGCUUCCGCUUCCAACCCAGCAGUUUCCUCUCAACUAUUAAGCUCGUUAGCAGGAUUACUUGGCUCAUUUUCUGCAAGUGUAACUCCAACUGCAUCAAUAGCAUCAACAGAUGUCGAAACGGCAGUUACUUCAACUUCAACGGUUUUCAGUUUAACCUCGGAACCAUCGAGCACUUAUGAACCAUCUACUUCAUUGGAAUCAUUACCCACAACAAAACCAGCUCCAGUCACCAGUCAAUCAGUUGUUUCCGAAAGCAAAUCCGUUACCAUUGAUGUAUCUUCAAUCACUGAUGAUGUAACUAUUUCAACUGAAGCCACCCAGUUGAUUGUUGCCAACGAUGAAACCGUUAGUGUUUCUGAUCUCAGCGUCAGUAAUGGAGCUGCUGUUGCCACUUCAAGCUUGGCUGCUGGAGCCGGAUUAGAAGCUGACUCAGAAUCUUCAUUUGUUCCAUCCGCUACAUUAACAGUAUCAUCGUACCUGUUAACUUCAUCGUUCGUUUCCACUACAUCAUUAUCAACUGUGUUAUUGACUUCAUCAUUUGUAUCAUCUUAUGGUAACUCGUCAGUUCUCGUCAGCUCAACUAUGGAAAGCGUUUCAACUAUUAGCACUAUUAUGGCUGUUGUCAGCUCGGUACCAGUAUCUGCAUCUGUACAGGAAAGUAGCAUGAUAUCACUGAGUCUGGAAUUUUCAAUGUCGUCAACUAGUUCAGAUAUGGAAGCGGAAGAAACUCCAAAUAUUGAUCCCGAGAUUUGUUAUUCAGGAGAUUUGUUCACUGCAAUUGAUACUUCUGCGCCACCAUCGAUAUUCCCAAGAGCGCAACUUCCAUUGGCACUUCCAGCUGGAGUAAACAAUAACGGUAAACCAAUUCAAACUAACAAAUAUUAUGCCAACUUGUUCUUGGGCAAUCAACAACAAAUGGUUUAUGCUUAUCCUUAUGCUGCUUACUGGAGUAAACAAACCUAUUACGGCUUUGGUGUACAGCAUGCAAAUGCUUCACAAAGAGUCUUUGGAUCUCAAAACACAAAUAAUGAAGGUGUUCCAUCAUUCUACUUUAAUCCUACCAAUAAUGGAGAAUUGAUCUUUUCAGCAACAACAUUCGGUAGAGAUUCAGUGUUUAUGGGAGUUACUGACAUGAGUGAAAUGGCAGCCAAAGUUACUUUAUCUAGCACUUCCGGUGAUACGGUUAACAAUGUUGAAAUACCAUUUGUGCAAGGUAUGGGAUUUGUUACUGGUAUUUACAACGGAGAUUUGGUACUUAGAUUAAAUUCCUUAUAUGGUUUUAAAACAUUAACUUUUGAAAAUUCAACAGCCUUGUUACCAAAUGUGUUGAAAUACCGUGCUACCUUGCUUAAUGAUAUUGAUUGGUUGAUUUAUAUUACUUUACCUGUUGCAGAUGAAAACUUCAAGUUAUCAGUCUCGAAUGUAUACCUGUUGGAAGCAUCAAAAUCUGUCGAUGGUUUAAUUGUUCAAGUUGCAUUUGCUCCAGAUCAAGAGCAGGAUAAGUUUUAUGAUGCUGCUGCAGGUAUGUACCCAGUUAGAGCUACAGUUCAAGGAUCAGUUGUCUGUUCAUCUGCUGCGUCAUACCAGAUUGUCUACGAUACUCAAGGUACAUCUUCGAGUGGAAAACCAAUAAUCUUUGCUUUACCUCACCACCUUGAAUCAUUGAAUGCAGAAGGAGCAACUGGAAUCAAAAUUUCAUCCCAAACUAAAGGAGAAAUGAGUGGGUUCUUAACAAACGUGUUGUCGUUUACUGAAGUUAUUGACAAGAAAAUCCAAUUCUUGCCAUAUCUUGCUGGCACAACUACUCCCUUGGUCUAUUCAACUGAUCAACUUGCAUUAUUGGCAAAAACAGCCAACGAGGAGUUAGCUGUGGAUAUCACUGCUUCUGUAAAGAAUAUGAACUCAAACUAUUUUUCAGGAAAGGUUAUUGACAAAUACGCUCAAAUUUUAUUAGUUGUUGACGAAAUUAUCCAAGAUGAAGCUGUCUCCAAUGCAACAUUAGCUGAAAUGAAAAAGGCCUUUGAGACAUUCUUGAACAAUCAGCAGUUUUACCCAUUAAUGUACGAUACCAAAUUUGGUGGCGUUACUUCAACUGCCGCACAAAGUGGUAAUGAUGGAGCAGACUUUGGAAGUGCCUACUACAAUGAUCACCAUUUCCAUUACGGAUACUUUAUCCACGCUGCUGCUGUUGUUGGGCGUAUCGAUAAAAAGCUCGGAGGUACUUGGGCUCAAGACAAUAAGGAUUGGGUUAACUCAUUAGUGAGAGACGUUGCAAAUCCAUCAAGCAGUGAUACUUUUUUCCCCAUUUCAAGACUGUUUUCAUGGUAUGAUGGUCACAGUUGGGCCGCUGGAUUAUAUGCAAGCAAUGACGGUAAGAACCAAGAAUCAAGUUCAGAAGAUAUUCACUUUGCAUAUGCUAUGAAACUUUGGGGUAAUGUUAUUGAAGACUAUGCUAUGGAAGCAAGAGGUGGAUUAAUGUUGUCUAUCAUGAGACGUUCAUUCAACUCUUACUUUUACUUAAAGUCUGAUAAUGUAGUGCAACCAGCGGCAUUCCUUCCAAACAAAGUAUGUGGUAUCUUUUUCGAAAACAAACUCGACUACACUACUUACUUUGGUACACCAAACAACAAUCCCGAAUAUGUGCAUGGUAUUCACAUGUUACCAGUGACCUCGGCAUCUUCAUCGGUUAGAAUUGCCUCGUAUGUUCAAGAAGAAUGGAACGACCAAGUGUCUACAUUUAUCAAUAAUGUCAACAGUGGUUGGACUGGUAUUCUCAGAUUGAACCAAGCAAUCAUUGACCCUAAAGUUGCUUAUGCAUUCUUUAGCUCCGAUACUUGGACAAACACUUACCUUGACAAUGGUCAAAGUAGAACUUGGAGUUUAGCCUUUUCUGGGGCAUUUUAA